AAUAACAUGGCCAUUUGUCCCGAGGAGAAAAGCUUAUCUCUUUCUACUCAGGGCUGCCUCAGUUAUAUAACAUCGACAUUGUUUCUCCUACAUCCUUCUUUCAACAGCGGGAACAACAAAACCCACCUCGAAAAAUUUCAUCUUUCACUUCAAAUCCUGAGGAAUUUGUGCUAGAAAGAUGGUGAUAUUAAUGGGUCUAAGCCUGCAGUGCAUAAUGGAUUUGGUGGUGGCCGGGGCUUCUCUGAUGAUCGGUCUGGGGAUUUUCGCUUCCAUUGCUUCCAUUCUUUGCUCUGCUGCUUUCUGGCACAACGCCAAGUAUGUCUCCUAGUCUGCACCUACAUGUGAACAGUGGCAAAAGGAGUUAAGAAGUAACAAGUUCAAAAAUGCAGUUUGUUAGUUUUCUACGCUAUAAAACAGUGAAUUUGAGCAUGUGUAACACUGGAUUAAUAAAGUUGGUGUGCUGACAUAUCUGAGUUGAGAAUGUGGUAAUACUAAUUCAUCCAGAAUUCAGUAAUUUCUGUAAUAAAUUGCACUGUACUUAUUAUCAAACGCAAAUUUCUUGUAACAUAUUUCAAUAAAGCUGGUAUCUGCAA